AUGGAUAUAUUAUUGGCAUUAAAGACAAAUAUACUAUCAGUUGUAAUGGCUGUCUUGGUGCUGUUAUUGCUUUGGAAGAGUCGAGGAAGGCAGAGGAGUUUCGGACGUCUGCCUCCAGGACCCACUCCUAGACCACUGCUGGGAAAUAUCUUUCAAUUUGAUAUAAAGGAACCAUACAAGUAUUACCUAGAGCUCAGUAAGAAGUAUGGCUCUGUUGUUACCUUCUGGUUGGCAAACACUCCUGUGGUGAUUAUUUCUGGAUAUCAAGCGCUAAAGGAUACCAUGAUUGGUCUAGGUGAAGAAUUCAGUGGCAGGGCCUCUUAUCCCCUGAUUAUGAGGUCCACUCUUGGAUACGGUGUGCUGUCCACUAGCGGACACCGAUGGAAGGAGAUGCGCAGGUUCUCUCUUAUGACACUGAAGAACUUUGGAAUGGGCCGCAGGAGCAUUGAGGACAAAGUCAGGGAGGAGGCUCACAAUAUUGUGAAAAUGUUUAAAAAAUGUGAAGGCUCAACAUUCAACCCAGCAGACAUGCUGUCCAAUGCGGUGGCCAAUGUGAUCUGCAGCAUUGUUUUUGGCCAUAGGUUUGAAUAUGAUGAUCCACAGUUUAAGUUUCUCCUUCAGACAGUAAAUUCUUACUUUUUUAUCCUGAACAGCCCUCUUGGACAGAUCUACAAUGUGUUCCCUUGGCUAGUCAGUCUCUUCCCUGGGAAACACCAUAAAUUGUUUAAAGACCUUGAAGAGGCCAGAGAAUACUGUAAACGUCAGGCAAAUGCACGAAUGAAUAACGUGGAUCCGUCAUGCCCACAGGACUUUAUUGAGUCAUUUUUGUUAAAGAUGGAGGAGGAGAAAGACAAGCCUGACACAGAAUAUUAUUUAGAAAACCUUAUAUCACUGAUAUGGAACAUGUUCAGUGCCGGCACAGAAACAACCUCAUCCACACUCAGACAUGCUCUACUUAUGAUGAUGAAGCACCCAGAUAUCCAAGAGCGCGUUCAACGUGAACUUGAUGAGGUUGUAGGACAGGAAAGUUGGCCCUCCAUAGAAGACAGACAGAAGAUGCCGUACACAGAUGCUGUAAUCCAUGAGGUUCAGCGCAGCAUGGACCUCGCCCCCAUUGCUGUACCACACAAGAUGAUGUGUGACACCGAAUUCAAUGGCUAUGUCAUUCCUGAGGGAACCAUGGUUUUUCCACUGCUAUCCUCUGUGCUGACUGACCCAAAACUGUGGAAGAACCCACAUUGCUUCGACCCAGAAAACUUCCUGGAUGUAGACAGAAGAUUCAAGAAGAAUGAUGCAUUUGUUGUAUUCGGCAUGGGGAAGCGUGCAUGUCCUGGUGAGGCUCUGGCCCGGAUAGAACUCUUCCUUUUUUUCACUUCCCUCCUCCAACACUUCACCUUCAAAGCCACAGUGCCACCCGAGCAGCUCGACACAACCCCAACCAACUGCAGCUUCGGCCGACUGCCCCGCACAUACGAGUGCUAUGCCAUUCCCAGGGCAUAGAAUGCGCAAAAGAGUUCACAACGUUUACAUGCAAUGAUUAAUCAAUAGUAAAGCUGUGUUCUUGAAGG